CGUUCCCUGGAAAAAGCUGCUUUCACUUCGCUAACACGGACACAUAUCGACUUUUAUAGAAGCAUUUAUGACCUUACUUUUAAAACUUUCUCCUGACUGUUGAACGGCAACCUGCGAAUUAAGUCCGACCGGUCGGUCUUUGUUGAGGAAAGAGGAAACUUGGCGUCGUGUGAGAGGUUUUGUCGGGUCGCUUUUGCUCGAAACCUCCGAGCCUCUGUUAACGCUGGUGCUGGCUGGAAGGUAACGCACGGAAACGAGCAGAGCUUUGAUGUCGUUGUGACCCUGCGCCCUGUCGACUUUGGCAGAGAUGUGCUUUUCUCCAGACGCCUGCAGUUGGAUGGAUUAACAGGAGUGUCAUUCCCCCUGGUAGAAGAGAGUGUCUGUGUCCAUCGGCAUCUUUCCACCCAGGACCCACAGUGUUGUUGUUGCGCCCAUGAGGUAACGUCAGGACCCGACCACCCCCUCAUUACCACCCUCGGUCCAUCCAUUUCCCUCCCCUCUGCCCCUUCCUCCCUUGGACCCACCCAGCCAUGGGCCAGAAGAUCUCAGGCAGUAUCAAGUCAGUAGAUGUACGUGGGGAGCCCUCAUACCGGCCAGUGCGCCGUGAACUCCGGGGUCCGGAUUUCUGUCGGCCCCCUAGGCUGGACCUGCUGCUGGACAUGCCGCCAGCCACCUCGGAGACCCAGCUGCGCCACGCCUGGAACCCCGACGACCGGUCCCUCAAUGUGUUUGUGAAGGAGGACGACAAGCUGACGUUCCACCGACACCCAGUAGCACAGAGCACAGACUGUAUCCGCGGAAAAGUGGGCUACACCAGAGGCCUCCACGUUUGGAGGAUUCAUUGGCCGGCCAGACAGAGGGGCACCCACGCCGUAGUGGGCGUGGCCACCGCCGAAGCACCUUUACACUCAGUGGGCUACACGGCCCUGGUAGGAUCAGACUCGGAGUCCUGGGGCUGGGACCUGGGUCGCAACAGACUAUACCACGACGGAAAGAACCGGCCAGUUUCCACGUCUGCGCCCACGUACCCCUGUUUCCUGGAGCCAGACGAGUCGUUUGUGCUUCCAGACUCUCUGACAGUCAUACUGGAUAUGGACGAGGGCACACUGAGCUUCAUGGUAGACGGACAGUAUCUGGGAGUAGCUUUCAGAGGCUUAAAGGGCAAGAGAUUGUAUCCCAUCGUCAGCGCUGUGUGGGGGCACUGCGAAGUUUCUAUUCGCUACGUCAAUGGAUUAGAUCCGGAGCCCCUCCCCCUCAUGGACCUGUGCAGGCGAGUAGCUCGUCUGGCUCUGGGCAGGGAGCGCAUCCAUCACAUCGACACACUCCCACUGCCGCAGACUCUCAAGAACUACCUCCAGUACCAGUGACCACACACACAAACACACACAAAAAAAAUGCACGCGCACACACAUCUACAGAUGGGAAGAAAGCGAGGCCCAUUUCUUAUUACAGUGCAAAGCCUCCAAACUGAACUCAAUUCUGCUGUGGACGGGGACGACGACAUCGACUGCGAACAGGCGGUGAAGACAGCGCUGCAAAAAGGGGGGUGGUUCUGUUUACAUCAGUUUUACGGGGUGGGAUGUUUUUAAUCUCCUGUUUUUUUUUUCCAGCUCUUUUUGUUUGUUCUUUUGUUUCAUUUUUGUUGUUGUUUCCGACUGCUGUCUUUUUCUUGGACAGACGACUGUAGAGGAGCUGAUGAAUCACAUGAAGGCAGUACGAACAUUGCAAUCUCAGUUUCCUGUAAAUCACAAAGUUGAUCUAAAUCUCCUCAGUUUGAAAGGCCAUACAUGAGAGAGAGAGAGAGAGAGAGAGAGAGAGAGCCCACACAGCCUCACAAAUAGUGCUUUGAACCCGACCCCCCCCCCCCAUUUUUGCUAUUCUUGUCUGUAUUUACACACUGUAGCACUCUUGGAUUACAUACAUCCAGCGAGUUUGUAUGUGUGUCACGAGUGUGCGGGAACAAAGCCUUCACUGUCUAUAGUAAGAAAACCGCUCACUGACAAGCAGGCAGUUCCCACCUACGGGCUAAAUAACACAAUUUCAAUCUGUUUUGAACAUUUUGAAUCCUCCUCCUCCCUCCUGCCAGCUUCUCUCCCCCUCUCUUAUGUGUGUGUGUGUGUGUGUGUCUCUCUCUUUCGUUUGAUUUAAGCCUCCAUCAGGGUUGGUGAACUUGAAGGACUGCGCCCGCUGUUUAUCAGCUCCCCAGCUCCUUUAACACUGAUAGAGAUUGAUCUGAAGGUCUUGGACUGCUAAUGUGCCUGUUCUGAGACAUACGCACACACUCACACACACACUCACACACACACACACAAAAGAAGCACAUGACACUUCUGCAUUAUUAAAAGACAACCCCCCCCCCCUCCCCCCCCUCAAAAUUUUAAAUGCUGCUUUUCUAUCUUUUUCUUGCACCAUCCUACACUUAUGUGGGUUUUUAAUCCCUGAUUUACUUUAGAAAAUUAUCUUUUGAGGGUUUUUUUUUUAAUGUUUUUUUUUUCUAUGGAUUUUGAGAUUUGUCUGCGGGGCAGGAUGUCUCGCAGGUAUAGGUGGAAGAAUGUGCUGCCAUGAGAAUCUUUUAAAUGUGAAUAAGAAUAAACUCAGCUAAACUC